AUAUGGUAAUCCUUUAGUGCGAAGUACUAAAUUUGCAUGUAUACAUUUGGAUAUGGUAAGUUUCACUCAAUAAAAUCAUAUAAAAAGGAAUUGUACAGAAAAUUUUGUUCAAUUGUGUUUCUUCAGUGCCUCUAACAAGUGUUGAGUUAGUUUUCCAGUGAAAUUGUGUGUUAAAAAGUGAAGAAAAAUGUUGAGCAAGGGUGUUAGGGAUCUCUCCAUGAGGAGUUACGCCAAGUGUCCUGAUGAAGAAAUUGUGAUAUCUGGUAUAUCUGGUCAAUUUCCCAAAACACGAGACAUGAAUGAAUUUGCCAAGAAUCUCUAUGAAAAGGUAGAUUUGAGUGAAGAAGUAGAUGAGCUGUGGAAAGAAGUAUUACCUGAAAUACCGGACAAAAUAGGAAAAGCCGCGAAUGUUAAAAAAUUUGAUGCUACUUUCUUUGGGGUUCACUAUAAACAAGCGCAUCUUACGGAUCCGUCUAUGAGAUUUAUCUUGGAAUGUUCAUAUGAGAGCAUUCUUGAUGCUGGAAUUAAUCCUCAGAGUAUCCGUGGGACUAAUACUGGUGUUUUUAUUGCGUCAACUUACUUGGAUAUGGAUAAAAUUUUCUACACUGGUGAUAAACUUGUAGGUGGAGGCUUUGCCAUUACUGGAUGCAACAGGGCUAUGCUUGCCAAUAGAGUCUCUUAUGCAUUUGACUUCCAAGGACCAUCAACGCAUAUUGAUACAAUUGAUAAUGCUAGUUUAACUACUUUGGAUGUAGCUUAUUCUGCCAUCAGGAAUGGGCAGUGCGAUGCUGCAAUUGUUGGAGGUUCCAAUAUUAUUCUGCAUCCAUAUAUUACUGGUCAACUAUCUCAGCUUGGAGUACUAUCGAAAGAUGGUAUCACUAGAUGUUUCGAUAAGGAUAUGAGUGGAUACUGCAAUAGUGAAGCCACUUGUUGCAUCUUUUUGCAGAAGGCCAAAGAUGCCAAAAGAACCUAUGCCAGGAUUGUACAUUCAAAGAUGCGUCACUCUGGAUAUGUUGCAGAGGGAUAUACACAACCGAAUGGAGAAGUUUUCACCAAAUUUCUUGCGGAGUUCUACAAAGAAGUAGCUAUCAAUCCAGCUGACGUUAAUUAUGUUGAGACUUAUAGUCCAGGAAUUCCCGAAUAUGAAAUUGCCGAGAUGAACAGCAUUGAUACUGUGUUUUGCAAUAAUAGAAAGAAUACUCUCAAAGUGGGAUGUGUCAAGUCUAACAUAGGCAAUACCCAGCCUAGUGGAGGAAUGUGUGGGAUUGCUAAAGUAAUCAUUGCUAUGGAAAAUAAUUCUAUCCCGCCUAAUAUAAACUUCAAACAAGUUCAUCCUGAUCUUAAAGCUAUUGUAGAGGGACGUGCGGAGAUUGUAACUGAAGCAGAAGAAGUCAAAGGAAAGUGUUUAAUGGCAGUGAAUUCUAUGAGUUUUACUGGAGGACUUUCUCACUUAUUACUAGAAAAGAUGCCCAAAGACAAGUCAAACAAAGGACAACCAAAUGAUAAUCUACCAAGACUUGUCAUUUGGUCUGGAAGAACUGAAGAAGGAACUAAUGAUAUGUUUAACUAUUUGGAAAAUCGCCCACUUGAUGCUGAAUUUGUGGCUCUUGUUCAUGAAACUCAAAUUGAAACAGCCUCGAAUAAUUUGUUCAGGGGCUAUGGGCUCUAUCAGAAGGGUCCUGAUGGGGGCAAUGCUGUGUCUCUGUCCAGGGAUGUUCAGCAUUUCCCAGGCAUGAAGAGACCCAUUGUGUGGGUCUUUAGUGGAAUGGGAAGUCAGUGGACACAAAUGGGUAGUUCCCUCAUGAACAUUCCGAUCUUCAGAAAAUCAAUUGAAUACUGUCACGAGAUUAUGCUUACGAAAGAUUUGGAUCUUAUUCAUUUACUAACAUCAGAUGAUCCCACAAUCUACGACAACAUUCUUCACUCUUUUGUGGGAAUAGCAGCUAUCCAAAUUGCUAUUGUUGAUGUCCUGCGAUCUUUGAAUAUUCAGCCGGAUUUGAUUGUUGGACAUUCUGUUGGAGAAUUGGGUUGCGCUUAUGCAGAUGGAUGUUUCACAGCCGAAGAAAUGAUAUUGGCUGCUUAUUUUAGGGGCAAAGUCAGUGUUGAGACAGAGAAAAUCUUUGGCUCAAUGGCAGCUGUGGGUUUAGGCUAUAAGAAGAUUCGUCAUCUCCUGCCUGCAGAUAUUGAAGUUGCUUGUCGCAAUAGCUCAAUCUCAUCAACAAUCUCUGGACCUGCUAAAUCUGUUGAAGCUUUUGUGGUAGAUCUAAAGAAGCAAGGAACCUUCGCUAAGGAGGUCGCUUGCUCAAAUAUCGCUUACCAUUCAAGAUAUAUUGCAGAUAUGGGUCCAAAGUUGUUGGAUUUACUAUCAGAUCUGAUAAAAAAUCCCAAAAAGAGAUCAGAGAAAUGGCUGAGUACAAGUGUACCACAAUCUAAGUGGGAUCUUGAGGAGAAUCAAUACAGUUCAGCCCAGUAUCACACCAAUAACUUGCUGAAUCCUGUUCUCUUUGAGGAUACUUUUGCAAUGAUUCCGAAUCAUGCUCUGACAAUUGAAAUUGCUCCUCAUGGACUUUUACAAGCUAUUAUUAAAAAAUCCAAAUCUAAAGCAAUUCACAUCCCACUGACUCAACGUGGACAUCCGGACAAUACCCAAUUUUUCCUAACAGCUCUGGGAAAGAUUUUCAUUAAUGGACUUGAUUUGUCGAUCAAGAAUAUCUAUCCCCCUGUUCAAUUUCCAGUUUCAACAGGAACUCCAAUGAUUUCUCCACUAAUUCACUGGGAACACUCUGAAGAUUGGUAUAUCCCAUAUUUUAGCCCUGAACAUGGCUUUAAAUCGAGAAAGCGUCAAAUUACAAUAAAUGUCGAAAUACCAGAGUUCAACUUUAUCUUAGAUUAUAAAAUUGAUGGGAACUUUAUUUACCCAUCGAUGGGAUUUAUCUUCACAAUCUGGGAAACCAUUUCAAUUUUUAGUGGAAAGGAUUUCUUCGACACGGAUGUUCAGUUUUCUGAUAUUAGAUUUCUCGAACAUUUAGAUCUUACCACUGAAACAGAAAAGAAUUUAACGAUUAUAAUUCAGCCAGGAACGGGAUUUUUUGAGAUUUCCGAGAGCAAAACUUGUGUAAUUCUUUCGGGAUAUAUUCAAAUACUAGAGUCUGCAGAAAAUCAAGGUGAUUUUCCAGAAAAUCAUUCCUCAGAAUAUCCAAAUUUACAAGCUGAAGACUUCUAUAAUGAUCUCUAUCUCCGAGGAUAUCAGUAUAGGGAUAUUUUCCGUAGUGUUCAGGAAGCAAGAAGCGAUGGAAGGUGGGGUAAAGUCAAAUUUCAAAAUGAUUGGAUAGCCUUUUUGGAUAGUCUUCUACAGAUAUUCACAUUUGGUCAGAAUACCAGGGAUCUCAUGUUGCCAAAAAGCAUUCAAAUUAUGACUUUAAGACCUCAGAAUAUUCUCAAGGCAGCCAAAGAAAAUGAUGGGUUUAUUGAUGUAACAUUUUGUAAGGACCUUAUGACGAUUUAUGCUGCAGGAGUCGAAGUUUUUAAUCCCAAAAUGAAACUAGUACGAAAGGCACAAGUUGAGGGAACGUCAAUUUCUGAAUUUCGUAGAUUCAUACCUCAUCUUCCGGCUCCAGAACUUUCAUCCACAAACGCAGCUCGGGUAUGUGUGCAGACUUUCGUGGAGAGUUCAAUGUUGCCGAAAAUCAAGAUCGUUGAAGUGGACUCAAAUGGAGAUUCCCAAGAGAUCAUUUCAAGCUUCAGAACUGCUGUGAAUGAUCUUCCGGACAUUUCUGGAAUUUUUAUUUAUCUUUCAAACAAGAAAAUCUCCCCAACGGGCAUUCACGUGGAAGCUGGAAAACUAUCUGCUCUGAACAAGAUCAAUGUGAUCAUUGGAAGACGAUGUAUCCGAAAUAAUGGAUUUAUUGUGGAAGCUCAAAGGAGUUUAGGCGUUGGAGGAUAUCUCAUUUCGCGAGAGGAUAAAAAUAUUGAGAUGAAGAAUACGCCAAUAAUUUCUGGCUUUAACAUGAUCCUCUAUAUUCCUAUUGAGAAAGAAACUCUUGUCGUUUUCAAGAGAUCUUCAGAGAAUAUGCUUCGUAAUUCAACAGUUUUCGAAAUAUCUGCAAAUAUGAACAAGGAAGUAUUUAAAAAUAUUUUAGAGUCUGCAAAACGUGGACCAGUAACUUUGGUGUCCAGCAAAGAAUCUCGAUCAAGUAUCACUGCAAUUGUAAAUGUGAUUCGGCGUAUGAUUCCUAAUCAGAUAAUCAAUUGUUUCUCAAUUGAAGAUAAAAAAUUUUGUGAUUCAUCGUACAAAAACCAGGUCAAGCUAUCAUUGGCAACUAAUAUUUUCCGUGAGGGUAUGUGGGGCAAUUAUAGGUACCUGAAGAUAGUAGAGAAAUCUCGCUUAGAAUUUACAGAUAAGCACUCUUUUGUGGGAUUGAGCUAUCAAAAUUCUGACCUCAAAUGGUUUACUAAAAAUCUCUCUGUUGUGGAUCAGAAGUCAUACGUCAAUGUAAUGUUCUGUGGUCUCAAUCUUAGAGACAAGGAGAUUGUGGGUGGAAAAUGUCCUCCUGAAAUUCUCAAUUUAAAUAGUAGAGAGAGAGAAUUGGUUUUGGGCACAGAAUAUGCAGGAAUAACGAAAACUGGACAGCGUGUAAUGGGAAUUGUUCGUUAUGGUGGACUCUCAACCCAAAUCACUCCUGAUGAAUUCUUCACUUUUCCAGUUCCCAAUCACUGGACACUUGAAGAAGCAGCCACAAUUCCAAUGGCUUAUCUUACAAUUUAUUGGGCAUUUUUCUUUAGGAUCUCCAUAAGACCUAAGAAAUCCAUUUUGAUUCAUUCAGCGGCUGAUGAACUGGGAAUAGCAGCCAUUAGAGUGGCAUUGGCUUAUGAUUUAAAUGUCUUUUUAACCGUGGAUUGUCCUCAAAAGAAGAGAUUUCUCAUGAAAUUGUUCCCGGAACUGAAGGAGGAUCAAAUUGGAAGUUGUUCUGAUAUGAGUUUCGAGGGUAUGAUCAAGGACAAAACCCAAAAUUUGGGAGUACAAUAUGUGUUCAAUACACUGACAAAUGAUAAAGUUUCGGCAUCCACUAGAUGCCUUGGACUCAAUGGAAAGUUAUUGCAAAUGAGCAAAUUCGAUAUGAUCGAGAACAAUCCAUUGGGUUUGGGAAUCUUCCUGAAUGAAAUCGAAUUUAUGGCUGUAGAAAUUGAUGCAGUAUUCAGGGAAGAUUCUGAGGACAAACAAAAUUUGAUCAAACUAUUUUGUCAAGAUAUCCAGAAAGGAAUUAUCCAACCGAUUCCCAGUACAGUCUUCAAUGCCAGUGAUGUAAAUGAAGCUUUUAACUACUACGAUAGCAUAGAUCACAUGGGAAAAGUUCUACUAAAGAUUCGGGACAAUCCAAAUGAUCAGAUCAGUCUCCCAAUUCCUAUUACAUUGCGAUUUUCUGCUCAAAAAGGAGCAUCUUACAUUGUAUUUGGUGGUCUCGAUGGAUUUGGCAUUGAAUUUACUGAUUGGUUGGUGAACCGAGGUGCUGAAAAGCUGGUCGUAUCAUCCCUUAGGAGUUCUCUGACCCACUAUCAAAUCUAUCGCAUUAAAUUGUGGCAAGAAGCUAAUAUUAAAAUUUUAUAUAGAUUGGAGAAUCGAGGAUCAAAAGCACAAUGUCUGGAAUUACUAGAAAUUGCAGAGAAAAUGGGACCAAUUAGUGGAAUUUUCAAUACAUCUCUCUGCAAUGAUUCUAACCAGGAUGGCUAUUUGGAUGGAAUCAUCUCGGAAAUAACAGAGAUUCCAACAAAGAAUUUUGAUGAAUUAUCGAGAAAAUUGUGUCCAAAUCUCUCUCAUUUUGUUUUAUUCUCCAGACGAUUAAUAAAUACUGGGGACUUUGAUCAGAUAUGCCCAGAAAAAUCUCUUUCUGCAAUUGAAGAAAUUAUGGAGGAGAGAGUUUCUCGUGGAUAUCCAGGAAAAGUUAUUUACUGGGGACCUCUUGGGGGCAAAACAACUUUCAAAGGGGUCAUAAUUCAAAAUCUGUUUUCUUGCCUUGCUAAAAUUGACGAACUAAUCCUUAGUAGAGAGUGGAUUGUCUUCCACACAAUGAAGAAUAUUUCCAAAGAACCCGAUAUUCUUGAUACAGUUAAGCAUGUGCUAAAACUGGAUAAUAUCAUAUCUUUAGAUGUAACAGUCAAAAGCUUAGCUCUUUACUAUGAUACUCUCUUAAAGUUGAAGAGACAAAUUCAGAAACAUUUUAAUAUUUCGCUUACCACUCAAAAUCUCCAAGUCUUGACCUGCAGGCAACUACAGGAGUUGGCUCAUGAGAGAGCAUUGGAAGAGAAGGGUGUAUUAAUUCUUACCAAUGAUAGGAAACCCAAGGGUUUGGAGAUUUUACUACAACAUCUUAGGGAUGCAAAUUCGUCGACAAACAGGAAAAUCAUGAGGAUUCCCAGUCGAGACAGGAGUAUCAAAUACAAUUCGUGCAUGGUGUUUAUUCCAGGAUUGAUAGAGAUCUUGGAGACAGAUCUCUAUAAUCUCAGUUUGAAUGUGUCUGUUCCCGUAUUUUCACUUCAUAUCACAGAAGACAUUGGGCUACUGUCUAUUCCGGAACUCGCUAGGAUUGUUAUUAAUGACAUCAAGAAGGAUGCUUUGCAAAUGUGUGAAACCUUCUAUUUCGUUGGGUAUUCCUUUGGAGUCUUUCUAACUCUAGAGUUAGCCAGAUUGCUUGAGCAAGAGGGAAUGUCUGGACAAAUUAUCAUAAUUGAUGGUUCUCCUGAAUUUUUCAAGCUUCUUUUGCUUGAGCAACUCAUUGAAGACUUUACUGAGGAGGAUGUAGAAGAAUUGAUUGUCACUAAUAUUCUUCGUGUUGUAUUUCCUGAGGAGAAUCCCGAUGAUUUGUGGAAAAGGUGGCGAAUCCAAACUUGGCGGGAACGUGUGGAGAAACUGAUAGAAGUUUGUCGGACGCAACAUGUUUAUUCUGAAGAUUUUGUCAGAUACAUCGCAGAAUUCCUCUACAGACGCAUUCAUUAUAUCUUGGAUGGGAGUUCAGAUAAAAUUGUUCCAAUUAACUCACCAAUAACUUUGGUCAGACCUAAGGAUGUUUCGGUGGUGGACAUCGAACGAGACUAUGGCGUGUCCAGAUGGACCAAAGGCAAAUUCAAUCUCAGAUUCAUUGACGGUGAUCACGUAUCGAUGCUGAGGAAUACACAUCUCUCUCGGAUAAUAAAUGAAUACGAUCCAAUAUAUAAAACCAACAAGGAAUUUGAGGACUACAUCGAAAUUUAGUCUUCUGGAUUAAGAUUUCUGGUAAUUUUACGAUGUUUUUUUUCAUUUUGGACAUGGUAAAUCUUAUGGAUCUGAAUAUGGAAUAAAAUGGUGUUCUUUUAAAA